AUGUCGUCUCAUCGCGACGACUUGGACCAUCUGUACCCUGACCGGUUUGGCAACCCGCAUCACGCCGCCCGACCGGCACGCCCCGUCUUUGAGCGCAUGAGCGAAGCGACCGUCAUAAUCACCAUCGUCAUCAUCGUCUUUACCGUUGUCUAUCCCCUGUACACGUCAUCCGACCGAUUCGUCGAGAUCAUCUACGCCGUCGGCGAGAGCCUGUGGGACGCCACCAUCUACGUGCUUCCCUCGAACCUCGUAUUCGCCGUCGACGACUGGCUUGGCAGCGACAGCGAGAACGGCAACCCCACCACCGCCAACACGGACGACCAGUCGGAGCAGAUGGGGGACUGCCGGCACUCCCCAGACGUCCACGCCGCCAAGAGCGCGGCCAUGCGGCGCAUCCUGCGGCUCGGCCGUGGCAGCGGCGUGAUGGCCACGGUCCUGCAGGCCAGGAACCGCGCUCUGUCCCUGACGAGCCUCACUCUGGGCGGGAAGUCGGACCCCGACCGUCCCGCCGGCCUGGGCAACCGCGACAACUCGUGCUUCCAGAACAGCAUCCUCCAGGGGCUCGCCUCGAUCGAGUCCCUCCCGGCCUACCUGGCCUUCUGUCUGGGCAAGAGGCCGUCGGAUGAGGGCGGCGACGCCGACGCGGCGAACAGGGUGGUGGCGCAGACGCUGAGCACGCUCCUGGCCGACCUCAACGACGCGUCCAACAACGGCAGGACGCUGUGGACGCCGAGCAAGCUCAAGUUCCUCAAUACCUGGACCCAGCAGGACGCCCAGGAGUACUAUUCCAAGAUCCUCGACGAUCUCGACAAGUGGGCCGCCAAGGCCGUCCAAUCGUCGAGGCGACACUCGGGCUUCGAGUCGGACAGCUCCGCUGACGACUCCACGACCAGCCAGCACAGCGGGAACAGCGACGACAGCGGAUACCAGAGUCUCUUUCCCGGUCGGAGCCCCUCUCCCUCCGACAGGAUGGGCGGAAGUGGCGGCAGCGGCGCGUGCAUCCGGAACCCUCUCGAGGGCCUCCUCGCCCAGCGGGUGGCGUGCGUCCAGUGCGGCUACAGCGAAGGCCUGUCGAUGAUUCCCUUCAACUGCCUGACGCUCAGCCUGGGUCUGCGCAGGCAGCACGACCUCUACGAGCGGCUGGACGCCUACAGCAGCCUCGAGGCCAUCGAGGGCGUCGAGUGCCCCAAGUGCACGCUGCUCAAGGCGCAGAGGCUCCUGACCAAGCUGACGGAGCAGAUGCGCGAGAAGGGUUCGACGGAUGACCAGCUGGCCGAGCCCCUCCGCAGGCUCGAAGCCGUCGAGCUCGCCCUCGAGGAGGACAAGUUUGACGACGACACGAUCGAGAACAGGUGCAAGAUCACCAGCCAGGCCAAGGUCAGCACCACCAAGACGAAGCAGAUUGUCGUUGCCCGUCCGCCGCGGAGCCUGGCCAUCCACGUCAACCGGUCCGUGUUUGACCCGUCCACGUUCGACAUGGUCAAGAACUCGGCGCCGGUUGCCUUCCCCCUCAUGCUGGAUCUCGGGCCGUGGUGUCUGGGCAGCGCCGGGGGCACGGACGGGGCCGACCGAGGACGGCAAGGCAGAGCAGACGGCGAUGCCGAGGAGGAGGUCCGCAACGGCAACCCGGAGCGGUGGCUCCAGGACCCCACGGCGUCCAUGGUAGCCGGCGACGUCAGCCCGUCGAGGCUGAGCGGCCCCGUGUACGGGCUCCGAGCCGUGGUGACGCACUCUGGCCGGCACGAGAAUGGACACUACGUCUGCUACAGGAGGUAUCCGCGGGCGACCCCUCCCGACAUCCAGAACCGUAGAGUUCAGACCCAGACCCAGGCUCAGACUCAGACUCUGGACGAGAUGGAGUGCGAGUCCCGGUCGGACUGGUGGCGCCUGAGCGACCACAACGUGACCAAGGUGGACGAGGAGACGGUGGCGAGCCUCGGUUCGGGCGUCUUCAUGCUCUUCUACGACUGCGUCGACGCGAACAUGGUUGUGCAGGAGUCAGAGGAGGUAUCCAGGUCGGCGGUGAUGAGCCGACCGGUCGAGAAGAGUUCUCCGGCUCCGGCGUCCGUGGCUGCGGCUGCUGCCGUGGCUGCUCCCGGUGCCCCGACGUCUGGGUCCGCCGGCGCCCGGGCAGAAGUAGAGGCUGCCGAGCAGGUAGUACUUGCUGCCUAG